CCCUGACCCGGAAGCUGCCCCGGGUGGUGACGUUGUUGACAGUAUGGCGGCGCCAGGCCGCUUCGUUGGCCGGAGCUGGGCGCUUCUGCAGUGGUUGUUGUGGCUGACCUCGGUCCGCGGCCGGAUACAUCAUCUGAUCCUCAAGGAUGAUGUAAGGCAAAAGGUCCGUUUAAACACAUUUGGUUUCUUCAAGGGUGGAAAUAUGUCUGUGGAAAUGACCAGUUUUACUCCAACGGGGCUGGAUUUCAAACAUUUUGAAGGAGCUGCGUUGGGGCUAAGUUUGGACCGAACCAAGAACGAUGGUUUCUCAUCCUAUCUGGAAGAUGAGGUUGAUUUUUGCUUUUUGAAGAAAACACCACCUACUGAAACACCUGUCACACUUUUCCGUUUUGACUUUCAAACACCACAUAUUACAGUUCAGACGUCGGGCAGCAACCAGCCACAUGUCAGUGAUGUUGGAUCAGCAGGGAUUCCGCCAUCAGAAGACAAAGCCAGCAAGGUGAACACCCACAGUGAAUCCAACCAAGCUGGAAAAGCUAAGGGGAAUGAAACAUCAGCGAAGUCUGUGGAAGUGCAGAAAGAAAAAUCAAAAUCUCUGGAUAAUGCACUUGAACUAAAGGCUGUGACGGAAACGAUUUCACUGCGGAAAAAUAAUACAUCUUAUUCAUUCAGGUUCGCAUUUACCAUCAAUACGGAAGAAGAACAAGGGCUUUACAGUCUUUACUUCCAUAACUGCUACAGCGACAAAGCGAUUCUACAGUCUUUUAAAUUUGACAUGGAUAUUACCAUCGUGGAAUACAACCCUGGCAGCUACCUGUCUGCAGGGGAGAUCCCUCUGCCAAAACUCUACAUCUCCAUGGCUUUCUUCUUCUUUGUGGCAGGAGUUGUCUGGGUUUAUAUUCUCCGAAAACGCAGCAAUGAUGUUUUUAAGAUCCAUUGGCUGAUGGGAGCGCUGGCAUUUACGAAAUCUCUUUCGUUGGUUUUUCAUGCAAUUGAUUAUCACUUUAUAUCCACUCAAGGAUACCCUAUUGAGGGUUGGGCUGUGGUGUACUACAUAACACAUUUGUUGAAAGGUGCCCUGUUGUUCAUUACGAUUGCACUGAUAGGAACUGGCUGGGCCUUUGUUAAACAUAUCCUGUCGGACAAAGACAAGAAAAUAUUUAUGAUAGUUAUUCCACUCCAGGUCCUUGCUAAUGUUGCUUAUAUUAUUAUCGAGUCCACUGAGGAAGGGACAACUGAAUACGGACUGUGGAAGGAGAUCCUCUUCCUUGUUGACCUCUUAUGCUGUGGUGCCAUUCUGUUCCCUGUCGUGUGGUCAAUUAGACAUUUGCAAGAGGCGUCGGCCACAGACGGAAAAGCUGCAAUUAACUUGGCAAAACUAAAGCUCUUCAGACAUUACUAUGUCAUGAUUGUGUGUUAUAUUUACUUUACACGAAUCAUUGCAAUCUUGAUCAAAAUCAUCGUACCCUUCCAAUGGAAAUGGCUAUACCAGUUUCUAGAUGAACUGGCCACGCUCGUAUUUUUUUGUUUGACGGGCUACAAGUUCCGACCGGCUUCAGAUAAUCCCUACCUUCAGCUAUCUCAGAAUGAGGAGGACGUGGAGAUGGAUGAAGUAGUAACUACGAGUGGAAUGAUGGAAGGAGUGAAAAAAGUGAACCAGUCAUCGAAUGGCGCCACAGAACAGAGGGAACUGGACAGAGUGGCGUGACGGGCCUUGGAGAUGCGAGAGUAAUCUUAUCUUCCUCUACACUUUGUUCCGUGAGGAAUAUGAACCAACAACACGGUUCAGGGCUAAAGUGCUUCUGCACAAAAUGACGCUCAGUAUAUUGUUAGAAAGAAACCAUAUUCCUACAAAGUAUUUGCUGUUUUCCAAUCAUCUCUACACAGUUUGCCGCUGGUGCGGAUUACCCGUGCCCUCUAGGCCAGUAUAGCUUUCUCGGGCCUAAAGGCAUUUUCUAGACUGUGAGACUUUUAUGUUUGCUUUAUUAAUUUUGGUUGUGAGUUUCCUCAGAUUCACAGAGAGUUGGGUGGAAAUCUGUAAAUGUUUACAAACUUACACCACUGUCCUAUGGGCAAUUUUAAGACUGGAAGCUCAUUGUGACUGAAGGUUCUCUGAUCCCCAACACAAGCGUAGGCUGCAGAACUCCAUUUUAAACUUGUGGUAAAUUCUGCUGAGCCAGUAUCAUUGCACGUCAUGGGUUAAAUUAACAGGUUGUUGCCUGAAAGAGAAGGUGGCAUUGUGUGAAAAUCUCAACUCAAACCUGAUAGACAAGUUCAGCACCAGUUUGCCUAUCCUCUCAGGUGAUUGUGCAAAACACAACCUGUUAAGUGAAAUUUAUAUUUUUGUUUAAUUUUAAGCUCCUUCAAGUAUUACAAAAUAUUAACCGACUCCCAACAAGGAUAGUAAUCAAGAAGUUUCUCGACUGCGGAUGUCAUUCAUUGGCUCUUGCUGAUUCAAGGCCUGCCUGGUAUGAUAGUGAUUCUGAUGUACCAAUGGAUAGUCUGUUUUGUUUUUUUGUUGCUUAUUGUCCAGGGCUCCACUUGUCCAUAUGAAAGUUAGUUCCAGCACCCAUGGUCUGGGAAGAAAGUUGGAGUUCUUAUUGCUGGGAGUUUCAGUCCUUACUGUUAUCCAAUGGCUCCUUGCAGAAUGCUUGCCUCUGCAUUUGGCUGGCAAAAAUGGCCACGUGCAAAGUAUUAAUGGUGAUCACCAUUACAAAACUCCAAAGCAAGUACAAAGUAGAUACCUUUAUGAGAAGGGAAAAUAUUUGUUAGAACACAGCUAUUGUUGGAACUAAUAUUCCUUUGCAGAAUAGUCAGAUGAGUGAAUAUUCAAUAGAUGAGUCAAUCUCUAGAAACCUAAGGAUAGCUGGUCUAAGUUCACGUUUAUUCUGAAGGAAAUAGUUUGUUAAUUUCUUCUGAAAAUUGAAUUUAUCAUCAGGCAGAGUUUUCUGCAGUUUGUGACUCAGCUUCUCCACUCCUUCGGGUGCUUGGCUGGUUUAUUGGUGUAUCUUUGCAGUCCUUGGAUUAACAAGUAAUGUGUAGGAGUAACAUCGUGAGACACUACUGUCCCAGAUGUGCUGUAUAGAGCGGUGUGGGCUCAUGCAUGCCAUCAUUUGAGAACAGCCAGGGUACAAAAAGUACAAUCUCUGAAAGCUUCAUCACUCACAUGGUGGAAGCCUGUGCCACAGGCUGCAAAUUUAAGGUUCAAUGUUUUGCUAUGGUACUAAUCAAUUAAUGUUGUGUUUUAAUAGUUCCAUUUGUAUAGUUGUAGCCUAAUUUGCAAAGACGUUAAAGCUAGACGCAUCACUUUCUCCAAUUUUUGUUGCCAGUAGGAUAUUUCCUUUAUGAUGUAAUCAAUCCCUUUUGGUUUUAAAUCUUACACCAACUUCACCGUGUCUUGGUGAUGUGGCAGAUGUCAGAAACUUGCUUCCUUUGAUUGGAAAAAGCAGGAGUGCCCUCCCUGAUGCUACUCUGUUGUAGCAUAUCAUCACACCAAUAUAAUUUUGCCCCUCUACUUCUCUCUCAAGUGAAAGCAUCGUCACAGAAUUCAUUCAGAUUGUAUGGCAAAGCUUCACCUUGUUUGCUAUACAUGGCACAUUACCAUCUGUCUGAAGAAGGGUCGCGACCCGAAACGUCACCAUUCCUUCUCUCCAGAGAUGCUGCCUGUCCCGCUGAGUUACUCCAGCUUUUUGUGUCUAUCUAUAGCACUUUACUUGUUGUUUAAAUGGUUUUCUUUUCUUCCCUUCUUCCAACUCGAACAGAUUUUGUUCUUAACAAUUCCUACUUAAUUCUAUGUUUGUCAUUUUAUAUACUUAACCAUUCCCCAUUCAUGUUUGCCAUCCCUGAAAAUCUAUUGCACUUUCACAUUCUAUGAUUUGUGCCCAUCAAAUUACAGGGAACCACUUUGGAAAAUGACCAAUGCUGUGAUACAGGUUCUGGUCACCUACCUGUAACCAUAUAUCUUCAAGGGCACAUAGGACAGUAAGUUUUAAAUCUCUGAUGGGUUUGAAGAGAUCAUGAGCAAUACAGUGCUGGAAGAACUCAGCAGGUCAGCCAGCAUCUUUGGAAGAAUGGAUAGACGACGUUUCAAGUAGGACCUUCUUCCGACUGAGGGCCAUGAAUGGGCCUUGAGGGCCUGAAAUGUCACCUGUGCAUUCCCCCCACAGAUGCUGCCUGACCCACUGAGUUUCUUCAGCACUCUCUGUUUUGCUCAAGGUUCCAGCAUCUGCAAUUACUUGUGUCUCCAUGUCAGAGAUAAUGCACAGGUGUCACAAGAUUGGACACAAUCUCGGGAACACAUUCGAAAAUGAAUACACGCCCCGCGGCAAAAGUUUAAAAUGAGGAUAAAGGAAGGAUUACCUUUGAUUGUUGUAUAGUUCUGGAUUAGGUGAAUGCAUGAUUGGCGAUUUUUGCCGUAAUUCUAUUGCUGACAUCUUGGCCUGUGUCCAUGUUGAUUUGAUGGCUCUCAAGUACAAUACGCAAGUGUAGAAUAUUAUUGGUCACUGUACAUUUGAUAUUAUGUCCAUGAAGAUGUCAGCGAAACUGAACAGAAUGGGACAGAUACAAAGUUGAAAUAUACUCCUCAAAAAUAUCAGCACCACUUCCCACAAGACUGGGUUUAGUUAAAGAUCAAAAAGAAUAAUGUAUUAAAACGAAUUAGAGUAUGUUGUAUGCAGAAGAGAAAUGAUAUCUUCAACUAUCUCUGCUGUUGAUGUGGGUAAAUGUACACAUGGUAGAUAGCUGAACUCGGGGGAAAUAGAGAAUUCUUCCACAGUAAAAAGGUCCCAAAUUUCAGUCUUGU